GUGGUGAUGGCACUGCUGCUGGUGGUUCUAGCACGCGCAACACCUUCUCAGACACUCCGCUCUGACCUAUCUGGAUUCCAUUCACAUUCGCAAGGAGUACAACGGGCACACGCGCAACAACGGGGCAGUGCAGCAGCCGCAAUCACAGCCGCUGGCAGCAUCUG